ACUCGUGCAUUGCCGUGCAGCAGCAUCCAUCAAUCAUCAUCAUCAUCAAUCAUCAUCAAUCAUCAUCAUCAUCGUCGUCAUCAUCAAGGGUUCAACGAUGCAGAUCGGUCCAGGAGCCGAGCCUAUGGGGGCCAUACCGAAGGGCGGGCAAAUGCCGCGCAAGAAAGUUAUCGAAGAAUUGCGGUUGAAGAGGUUCUACGAGGAAGGAGUGAGAAAGUUGGCGCGCCCGCGGAACUCCAUCAUCAAGAUGCAUCAGCUUCUUGCAGUGCGACACGCUCGACAUGAAGAUACUCUUGAGACCUUCCGGGCAAGGCGAGAGAUCACCCGAAAGCAGGAUGCACUGGACCAGGCUCUGCAUGCCCAACUGGUGGAAAAUUUUGAGCAAAUGCAACGAGAGGACUUCCGCGUUGAGUUGGCCUUAGUGGAAAGGGCACAAAGGAUGAAGGACUUGCGGCGGGUGCGUGCCACACACGAUAUGAAGAGUGGAAUCGACUCGUUUGAGAGAAAUGCCAGAAGAAUUGGGGUGGAAUUUGAGAAAGGGGAAGGCCUGCGCUAAAAAUGCUAUUACCAUCUUUAGUCUGAACCAUCGCAGGGGCUGUAGGCCCUGAAAGUCAGGCUUUCGGCCUGAACCGAAAUGGGGCCUAUAAGCCCUGAAUU